GAGAGAGAGAGAGAGAGAGGAGGAACUCUGCUGUGCCCCCUACCCCAUCCCUCCACCCCCUAUCUCUUUACAGGACUGCCAGCCCGUCUAGAGUUAUUCCAGGAAUGCGUUGAACAUGGCUGCCGCGAUGAAGGCGCAGAAAACGGGACUGCUGGAACUUCGACUGACCGUGGACCGCUGGAUCCGGGUGUUGGCCACUCUUACCGAGGACACGCUCACUGUAAACCCCGGAGAGGGUGUCGAGGAGCCCGCGAAGCCGAACCCAAGCACGGUCGGUGCUAUCAACGGAGACCCCCCGAACCUAAGCUUGUCCCCGGUCCCGGAAACCAUCACCAACGUGAAGCGCACCGUGCGAGUUACCAAGCAAGAUGUUGGAGGACUCGGCAUUAGUAUCAAAGGCGGGAAGGAGAACAAGAUGCCAAUCCUCAUCUCCAAGAUUUUUAAGGGCCUGGCUGCUGACCAGACUGAGGCGCUUUAUGUUGGUGACGCCAUAUUGUCUGUCAAUGGUUAUGACUUACGGGAGGCAACACAUGAUGAGGCUGUGCAAGCGCUGAAGAAAACUGGCAAAGAAGUCAUCCUUGAAGUGAAGUACAUCAAGGAGAUGUCGGCCUUCUUUAAAAACUCUGGUUCCCCUGGGGGCGGCCUCCCCUGGGACUCUCCCCCCUCCACACCUCAGAGGGGCUCUGAACUCUCACCCGCUGAGGUGAAGGAGCCCCGCAGCAUCCCGCUGAGCAUGUGCCAGGUGUCCCGAAAACAGUGCCCCCCGGACACGGAGAACAGGUAUUUCGAGGUGAUUUCUGCCAGCAGAAAGAACUCUGUGUUCCUGCGAGCAAAGGACCCAGCCAUGGCUCAGUCCUGGUACAACGCCAUCCAGACUGGAGCUGCCAACCUUUUACCACGAGUGAAGGAGGAGAUGAAGAGCAUGCAACUUGGCAUUGAGGUCAAACAUCUGGGCUGGAUUACAGAGCAGGUGAUCCAGGGUCCAGAGAAACCUGUACUGGCCAUGUUGACCGACAGAGACCUGCUCCUGUAUCCCUCUUUGCCCGAAAGCAAAGAGAGCCUCGGCAGCCCCACCAAGAGUCACCCGCUCAUUGCUACCAGACUGGUCCACUCCGGCCCAGGAAAAAGUUCUCCUCUCCUGGACUCCGACCUCUCAUUUGGCCUGCGUUCGGGGACUAAGCAAGGCGUGGAGACCCAUGUGUUCCGGGUGGAUUCUGCCAAGGAGCUGUCCACCUGGACUCAUCUGCUGGUGGAGGGCAGCCAUAAUGCUGCUGAGCUCAUCAAGGAGGUCACCACGGCCUGUAGUUGGAACGGGAAGGAGUGCACCCUGGGAGUCCACAUUGAUGAGGGUUUCACACUAUUCACUGACGAGAUGGGUGUCAGGAAAAGCAUUCUGCUUCAGCAGCCCUUCGAGCGCCUAAGAAUGUCCUCAGACGACGGGGUUCGUAUGAUGUUCCUCGACUUUGGAGGCCCGGAAGCCGAGAUUCAACUGGACCUCCACUCUUGCCCCAAGACCAUCGUCUUCAUCAUCCACUCGUUCCUGUCUGCUAAGGUCAAGCGACUUGGCCUGCUGGCAUGAUAAUGGCCGACCACCAUGGAACAUCAACAAUAGUAAUGUUUAAUAAAACACACAGCCAGAGGACUUUUGAAACACCGGAGGACGUGGUCGUUCUUUUCGGCCCUUCCUCGGCCUCUAAAACGAUCGUCUCUGGUCGAGCACCUGCUGGUCUUUCUGGGGGAAUGAAGAGAAAACUGCAACAUUGAUGGACCUUUGUUGAACAUGUAGUCGUAAGGUAAAGAGAGGUUUUACAGAUCAGCAGCCACUUAAGGGAUCUGACAUCUGUCAAAUCCGUUGCGGUGGGUCAUCACACUUAACGAUGGCAAACUGUGUGAAGUGACAGCCUGCAUCUUAAUGUUUCUAAGCUUGAAGUCUCAACCAUUUUAUCUUUUUUUGCCCCAUUGUUCAGUUUUGUUUUUGCGGGCCUUUGUCACGAGCAUCCUUUCAUCUUUCAAUCUUUCCUUUAUGAGCUGUGAGCAGUCAUAACAAAAGUUAUUUCACAAAUGUCCUGAUUGAUGUUGGACAAACAUUUUUUCUAUAAAGGCAGCUUCAGUGGAGUGACAGACACGACUGACUGAUCGCUACACGACUGAACAAUGUAACAAAUACAACUAUAUGCUUUAUAUGUGGAUGCUUAAGUUGCCUUUACCCUGAAUGUUCAAGGAAGACAACUUCCAAAUGCCAAAUCAAAUAUAUUUGUCAUUGCAGCUGAACAACUUCUUAUUUUAUUUUUCUCUUCGUCCCUGUUUUAAGUGUGCUCAGCGAUGGCCUAACAAAGACAAAUGACUAACAGAGUAUAUUAGAAAAGUUUUGUUUUUUUCUAUUAUUGUGUUUUAGAUUAACAAAUGAGUUGGAGAAAAACUCCUAACAAAAGACAUCUUCCCUGAAUCUGGAUGGCCUUAGUCAUACAGUAGGACUGCAGUUUGAUUUCCUCUCAGCGUGUGUGAAGUACAGAACAAGAGCUCUUGUGUUUUUCGAGUCCUGCCGACAAAGGUUGUUCCAUAAUCAUGUAUUUAUAGAUGACAAACAGUUGGCUGAAAGUGUACCAGUCCAGCUAAGCUACUUCUCAAGUACAAUACAAGUACAGAGCUCUUAAAUAAUACGAUUGGAUGGUGUAUAUUGUCUGUUUUGCAUAAUUGAAUCACGAGAGAGGACAGUCUUCAUCAGAUAGCACUGAUGGUCCAUUUUGUACACAAUUUGUCCAACAUUUAAAUGUUAUUUUACCAUAUAAGAGAUGUUGAUUUGUUUACAUCAUAAAGUGUUUGAUUGUUUUCUUUAUUGUUUGUGUCAAUUGAACAUCCACAACUUGGGGCCUUCUCUCUGUGUCCAACACUAAACAGACUUGUAUUAAUAUAUAUUUCAAAACUAAAACCUGUUUGCUUUCAAGAAUAAAAUGUAUUGUAUAUUCUUAUUUAAACAAAUGUGUGCCUUGCAGGGUUGUUUGUAUAUAAACAUGUAAUAAACUUUGUUAACUUUUA